GUCCGGGGCCAGCAGGCGGAGAAGCAGGUCCUCAGAAUGUGUGGUUGGUGACUUGUUUCCAGAUGCAGAGCUUCCUGUAUCCUUGGCACAGGCAGGUCCUGAGCUGUAGCUGGAGUAGAUUGUGCCUUCUAAAGCGAUACCUAUUUACAAUGAAGUUGCAAUCUCCAGAAUUCCAGUCACUUUUCACAGAAGGAUUGAAGAGUCUGACAGAAUUAUUUGCCAAAGAGAAUCAUGAAUUAAGAAUAGCAGGAGGGGCAGUGAGGGAUUUACUAAAUGGGGUGAAGCCUCAAGAUGUGGAUUUUGCCACCACUGCCACCCCUACCCAGAUGAAGGAGAUGUUUCAGUCGGCUGGCAUUCGCAUGAUCAACAACAAAGGAGAGAAGCACGGGACUAUCACUGCCAGGCUUCAUGAAGAAAAUUUUGAAGUUACUACACUCCGGAUUGAUGUCACCACUGAUGGGAGACAUGCAGAGGUAGAAUUCACAACCGACUGGCAGAAAGAUGCUGAACGAAGAGAUCUUACUAUAAAUUCUAUGUUUCUAGGUUUUGAUGGUACACUGUUUGAUUACUUUAAUGGUUAUGCAGAUUUAAAAAAUAAAAAGGUUCGAUUUGUUGGACAUGCUAAACAGAGAAUUCAGGAAGAUUAUCUUCGAAUUUUAAGGUAUUUCAGGUUUUAUGGCAGAAUUGUCGACAACUCUGAUGACCAUGAGCAUGACCGUGAGACUCUAGAAGCAAUUGCAGAAAACGCCAAAGGCCUGGCUGGAAUAUCAGGAGAGAGGAUUUGGGUAGAACUGAAGAAAAUUCUUACUGGUGACCAUGUAAACCAUUUGAUCCACCUGAUCUAUGACCUUGAUGUGGCUCCUCACAUAGGUUUACCUGCUAAUGCAAAUUUAGAAGAAUUUAACAGAGUCAGUAAAAAUGUUGAAGGCUUUUCACCAAAACCAAUGACUCUUUUGGCCGCUUUAUUCAGAGUACAAGAUGAUGUCACAAAACUAGAUUUGAGAUUGAAAAUUUCAAAAGAGGAGAAAAACCUGGGUUUAUUUAUAGUUAAAAACAGGAAAGACUUGGUUAAAGCAACAGACAGUUCAGAACCACUGAGACCGUACCAAGACUUCGUUAUAGAUUCUAGGGAACCGGAUGCAACUGCCCGCAUUUGUGAGCUGCUGAAGUACCAAGGAGAGCAUGGUCUUCUCAAGGAGAUGCAGCAGUGGUCUGUCCCGCCAUUUCCUGUGAGUGGGCAUGACAUCAGGAAAGUGGGCAUUUCUUCAGGGAAGGAAAUUGGGAUCCUGCUACAGCAGUUGCGUGAACAGUGGAAGAAAAGUGGUUACCAAAUGGAAAAAGAUGAACUACUAAGUUACAUAAAGAAGACCUAAAAAAAUGAGCUCCAUAUGAAACAGUGGAAAGUCUUGGUAAGACUGGUUUUCUUUCCUUCUAUGUCUUACUGAAACCCUAAGAAACAGCAUGAGUGUACAUGGAAAAACUAAGCUCAAGCUUACCUCCUUUUAAUACAGCUUAACUGAAUUUUCCAAAUCUUGAAGCAGCGCCAGGUGAGAAAAGUCAUAGCUGUUAUUUAUUUAGACUGGCUGUUGAUCUUAAAAUGUGGUAACUGUGUUAAAAUAACUUAGUUUAUGUUGUCUUAGCUGUUUUCUGAAUUAGUCCACAAUGGCACCUAUUUAUAACAGGAGUGUUUCUUAUUUCAGAAAGUUGUAGGAAUAACAGGAGGGCUUGUGUUGAGACUCCUGCCUUUAUAUCAGGUGCCAGAGAUAGUGAACACAUUAUUUUACUAAUUCGAUGGAUAUGGCUUAGAUUUUUGAUAUUUUAUAAUUAACUCUACUUACUGCAUAGCCACUCAUGGAUGUCUGUACAAGCAAACAGUAGCUUUUGGAUUUUGAAUUUUCUUGAAAGUCAAGUAGGGUUAUGUUGUAUAAAAUAGGGGCAUCAAAAUCUCCUUCACCCAGGUCAGUAAAUAACGUGGAUUUUAAACUAUGGAGUUCCCGCUGUUGCCAUCUACACAGAAGGAGUGACACCAAAGCACUAUGUCGUGUGUGUAAGAUUCCUUUAAACAGCACUGUCUGAAAGUAAUGGUAAACAGUAUAUGGAUCAUCAGAUUAUACUGCAGCAGUAAAGGCAUAAUUCCCCCACUUCAUUACUGCAGCUUGAAUGAAAUAGAUUUACUACUUUUUUAAAAAAUGACAUUGAGGAAUAGCCUAUUUGUGAGUUACAUUUUAUUACUGUACUUACACUUUUUAAGUAUUUUACUUGAUUACUUUGACAUAAUUCAACUAAAUAGAUUUGGAUAUAGAUAUUAGUGUUGGCCAGGUUAAAGAUGCCCUUCAGUUGCUUUAACUUUAUUCCCUAAAUGGUAUAAUCCUAGAAAUAUAUACUGUUCACUUACAUUUGCAAAUGAAAUGUAAAAUGGAUAUACACAUUAGUUAAAGGGAUCUACACAUCACAGGCUCAUCAAAUAAAUAGUGCAAAUACACCAAAUGCUAUUUUUUUUCUGCUCAAACUGCUUAUUUUACUCUUUAAUAUUUUCAAAAUUUACAAAUCAGUAUCUCAGAUAAGCUAAAGAAAACUGAAAGGAGCAAAGUCCUUUUAAAAUUACACUGCUUUGCCUCUGUCUUGUGCUUACCAACCCAGCUUCUGGAACAUUCAUCAUUUAGAGCAGUGGUGCCCCUAUCCUGUUCCAUAGCCAUUCCCAUUAUUUCAACUGUGUUUUCUUAUCCUAUCAUGACAUAGAUUCAACAGGAUAAAGGCACCAAGCUAUUAAAAGCAAGUAUUUCUGAAUCCAACCUUGUGUUUUACACUGCUCUCUCAUUCCCUAAACCAAUUGCUGUUGAACUUGGUAGCCAAAUGUAGUAACCCACUAUACACAUUAUCAGAGGCAGUUUUGUCUGGGCAGAUCUGAUUUGAGAAAUUAUCUGUCAGGAAGUCACUCCUACAGGUGCACUUAUAAACAAAGUAGUACUUUAUCUGGACUUAUUUCAUCUUCAGUCUCUGGUAUUGUAGGUAACAGAGCAGAGCGAGUUAAGCCCCAAAAUUUUUGAGGUGACAUGUCUUUUUUGGUGGCUGUAAAUUUCCAUCCAAUAUGGCUUGCACAAAUCUUGCACUGGGCAAUGGUCCAUGCAUACCUAUAAAUUGAAGGAAAGAGAGAAGCUAAGAAAAACUAUUUAACCUCUGGUCUAGGUUUGCCAUUAAAUUUCUCUUAAACCUCAAAUUUACAAACCACUUUGUUAUAAUUUGGUACUGUAUUGAUACUCUGGUUUGUAAUUUAUUACUGCACUUGUCUUUUAUGUUGCUGUUGGCUCCAGCUUUAACCCCACUGCUUGCUUCUACAUUUCUGUUGGAGAUAUAGCUGAGGCAGAUGAAGGAGAGCAUGAACUACUUCUCUCAGAUGGAGGAUUCUGCAUAUUGUGCUUAACAUUAGCAUAUUAAUGUUAGCUUUAAAGAAUCCUCAAGAAUGAUGCUAAAUAAGAGGAUUUUCUUCAAGUGCAAGGAUAGUAAGUCACUAAUCCCUAAUUCUGCCACUUCCAAAGAAAAAGGGAGACCCAGAUUAAAGCAAGCUAGAAAAAAGCAGGAUUUACUGGUUUCUACAUCUCAUGUCCCUGCUUUGACCUAUGGAUGAAAUGAUUAAACUAUUUCUGUCCUGUUUGUCUGGUGUCAUUUCUAGAAGCUUUGUUUAAGACUAAAUGAAGAGUCAACAACAACAAAAAACAGCCAUAUUACCCGGGAAACCAGCUGUGCACUGUAGAAGGCCGGCCUAUCAGAUUCAGAUUGGAAGCUUUGUACACAGUCAGUGUCUCAUGUACAUAUCCAUGAGGAUUCACAUAUGCUGCCAUUGGACCACAUAAAGAUAAACUGCAAACAAAGAAACAAUGUGGAGAAUAAGACAAUGAAAAGAAAAAGAGUAAUUCCAAUUUUUUGCUUAUUUGGGAUAUGUUAUGCUUUUUAACCUUUCAAUAUUAGAUAUUAUACAGGACUUUCUGUAAAAUAUAAGGCCAGUAUACAGGAGUUUGGCAGAUAUUCGAUUGGCCUGAAAAUGUUCUUUGAUGAUUCAAAGGGAAAUACAAAGCCUAGUGAGGUCAUGUUUUUAUCUUUAGACAGGCUUUACCCAGAUUAUCAGCUUCCUUACCUUCUUGAUUUAUAAUUCUAAUGAAUUCAUCAGUGUUAUGUUUGACAGCAUUAACACAUAUUCAGAGACCUACCCCAAUUUUGGUCCUGUGUAGCAGAACUAGCUGAAAUGUAAUGAUUGAAGCAUUCAUAUUAUGCUUCAAGAUAGGACGUCUCUAUACAAAAAUUAAGGGGAAAAACAUUGGAUAGAUAUUAGAGAUGUUUCCAGGCUGGAAGACAGCCUUCCCUGUGUUUAUGCUCUUUACUGAAUAUAUUUUUAGGCACUGGAGGAAAUAUGGAAAGUGGAACCACAGAAUUCUGAAAGGGAAGUUGGAAAUAUAUUGAGAGAGAGAUUAAAAAUACAGUAAAGAUCUUACCUAAAUAUUUCAUUCUUUGUCGUUAUUUCUGUUUCUUGACAUUGUUUACAGCAAAGGGAAGUACACUAAAAAGAUUAAAUGAAACAAUAGGCAUGUUACCCAGGUGAUGAAUAAACUUCUCUAGGGAACUAAUGUCUUGGGUUGUAGAGAUCACACUUCCAAGCAAACAAAUUUACAUUAUAGACUGCAAAAAUAAUUUGAAAUGGCUCAAAUUUUCCCAUUGAAUGAAUAAAGUAUAUUCAGUUGGACAAUAUUGUUUAUAUAUUCCUAAUCUGCCAAACUUGAAAUGGUCUAAGUUACAGGGCACUUCAGAUUAGAGAUGUUUUUAAUGCAAACUGUAGCAGUAAACACUUGUAGUAUCUGACUGUGUUAGUACAUGAUCACAGUAGCUUGUGAUCUCAGCUGUCUACAUAUCCUGACUGAAAUCUAAACCACAGACAUGGACGCUUUACUCACUUUGUUCAUGAUGUCUAACUCACAGCGAAGCCUUUGAAUAGCACUGCCAAUUUUAAGGAGCUGAAUUCUCAAUACAUCAUCAAUAGGAAGACAAGCAGCUACUCUGUAAGAAAAGUCUUAAAAGACAGAGUGAGGUUUGCAGGCUUUAAACUUAGGAAUCAUUAAUAUACACUUAAGUUAUUUUCCUUUAAGUCAUACAUGUACAUAAACUGGCUUAUAAACGAACAAAGAUGACACAGAAAGCUAAGUCUUAGAGCCAGCUUCUCUUGUAAAGGCUCUUUAAAGAACAUGAAGGAUCUCCACUUCUGCAAUUCAACUUAAGUUAGAAAAUUAACAAUAAGAGGAUUCCAUUGUGGAUUGAAAUAUUAAUUUCAUUUAAAAAUGUUCAAAGUAAAAGAAAUGUAAAUGCUUUUUCAGAAUUCAGAGGUUGCUUUAAACAGUAAUAUUUAAGGCUUUUUUUUUCCUUUUUCAGCAGCAUGCAAUACAGCAAGCACUUGCCAUACCUAUUGGAUUUGCAGGAAGAGAGUCAUCUUUGAGAUUUUCAUCCCAUUCCCGUAGCUGUUUCUUAAUUCUAUCCAUUAAUGUUUCCUGGUUUGGAACAAAAGCCACAAUAAGGUUCGACCCUUAAAAACCAUACACUGGUACUAAACCUGAGACCAGGUAUAAUGUCUGUAUUUUAAAGGUGAAAUUGGUUAAAUUUAAUUCCCAGGCUUCUUGCCUUUAGGCUGUUUUAUACCAAGGAGAAUGAUUCUAAAUGCCUUUGGAUGCUCUUUAGGCUCCUGCUAGAACUGGACCCUCUUUUGACUCAAGUACUUUUCUGACUUCGUGCAAAUGACACUGUGCUCCUGUAGUAACACUUACUAUCUACACACUUCACCUGACAACUAGUUUUUAUAUAAAAAGUGCUGUCUGUCUUUUCCCAGGCAUUAGCACACUCUCACAGGCUGCAUCUGAGCCGUUGUGAUGACUCAAAAGCUGCUGAAAGGCACACACCAACUCCAUUUCCCUUCAGUGGUAUGUACAUCAUACAUGCUCAUAUUGUUUAACUUUUCUAGUUUUUAAUUUUCUUGGCAGGAAUUCACUAAGAAAUACAACAUUUGUUUAAUGCUUACUAUGUAUUAUUAUACCCAUCUGUCCCAAAUCAGAGUAACUGACAUGGAGCGUUGAAGGUAGUCUGUUUGUUCCAAAUCAAGAUUCUUUACAUUACCCUAGUAUUGUUUUCCUAGUGGGUUUGUAAGCAGGGGCAGUGUACUCUUGUACCUGACAAGCACAAGCCUUUGCAGGUGCACAUGCUAAUGUUGCAGAGAUAUGCAAGAAUAUACUUACUUGGAAAAUAGGUAUUGAGAUAUAAGAAUUCUUAUAUUCUUAAUUUCGGUAACCAAAGUUUAUCAUCAUAUUUUGCUAUGUUACAAAUUAUAGGACUAUAAAAAUUCUAAUAAAAGACAACUUCCCAGUAACACCUGCCUGUUUU